CAUAAUAAGAGAGAAAUAAGGUUAUCUGGAAAAGCUGUUUAAUGGAAUUAGGAUUAUCCAAAUAUGAACCAUACUAAUCCAAGUGUUUUCGGCACGUCUCGGCUCGUCAAGCCGCUCUACCUUCUCCGGUGCUCUUCUAUUUUCUUCAAUUCCGGGGACGUCGAGCAGGCCGCGUUUCUUCUCAUAAUUUAUAACGGCGAAGAGGAAGCAGAAGAUUCCGAUCGCCAAGAAAAGAAAGGAUGGUAAAAGAUAACGAGGCCUACAUUGGAGAGCAUCUGAAAAUAGCCCCAGAUGUUCGUGAUGCUCUUUUACAUGGUAAUGCAGUUGUUGCUUUGGAGUCGACUAUAAUUUCUCAUGGUAUGCCCUAUCCGGAGAAUCUUUAUACUGCAAAAGAGGUUGCUAUUGUGAAGGAGAAUGGAGCUAUUCCUGCAACCAUUGCCAUUCUAGAUGGUGUUCCAUGCAUUGGACUGAAUAAUGAACAACUGGAAAGGCUUGCAAAACUUGGAAGGAAAUCUCAGAAGGCAGCUCGCAGGGACAUUGCACAUAUUGUAGCAUCUGGAGGAAAUGGUGCAACAACUGUUUCUGCAACCAUGUUUUUUGCAGCUAAGGUUGGUAUACCAGUUUUUGUUACUGGGGGAAUAGGAGGAGUGCAUAGGCAUGGAGAACAGACAAUGGAUAUAUCAUCCGAUCUCACUGAACUAGGAAAGACUCCUGUGGCGGUUAUCUCAGCUGGUGUGAAGUCAAUUUUAGAUAUUCCCAGAACCCUAGAAUACCUGGAAACUCAAGGAGUGACUGUCGUUGCUUAUAAGACCAACGAGUUUCCUGCAUUUUUCACUGAACACAGUGGAUUCAAGGCUCCCUGCCGUCUCAACACUCCACAGGAGUGUGCUAGGCUCAUAAAUGCAAACCUGAAUCUAAAGCUUGGAAGCGGAAUGCUAAUUGCAGUGCCUGUCCCAAAAGAAUACGCCGCUUCAGGAGAUAUGAUAGAUUCAGCAAUACAAAGUGCCCUAAAAGAAGCAACGGAGAAGAAUGUGAUAGGUAAUGCUGCAACUCCUUUCUUGCUUGCUAGAGUGAAUGAGCUAACCGGAGGAGCUUCGUUGGCUGCCAAUAUCGCACUUGUGAAGAACAAUGCAUGCGUAGGUGCAAGAAUUGCAGUGGAACUUGCCAGUCUUAGACGAAAUAUAAACAAUUGUUCUGUGAGGUCGGCAUUAUAAAUUUGAGAGAUGGUAGCGCCUACAUUGCUGUAUGGUAGUUUGUUACUCAAUCAGUUAUGUUUGGAAAUAUAUAUUUCUUUGAAAAUGUUAAUUGCAGUGUAAUAAUUAGUUUUGUUUAUUUUAGAAAAAAUGUCGUGAUUUAAAAAAUGUUGGUGAUGGCGAUGUAAUCUUUAGAAUAAUAUUAAGUUGUUGGAAGGUUUGUCAGGAAUAGAACUUUUUCUGCAUUCACUGCAUGGGAUGUUUCAUUUA